UGCUUGAAGUUUUUGGUUUGCCUGUUUGCCUGGCGUUCUUCAUAAUUCCGCCAGGUGGCGCUGCCGUACGGUGCACCUCUAUGCCCUUUGACCUGGGCGUGUGAUGUACGUGUAAACCCAGUCACCGUGCAAGCUUGUCUGACAGCCGGCUUUUGUUUCCGGCGAUUAAACCGUAGGGCUAGCCUUCCAGGAACGCGUUACUAACACCGGGAAGUGUUACUCAUGUUUCGUGUCGUCCCAACACAUGUUUGAAGCCGGAAGAACUCGCCUUAUAUGCUAGGAAUCGCCAAGGAAGCGACCCGCCUUCUUGAAGACUGAGCAGUCUGCACGUCGCGUCCUAUCGGGCGAUUUAUCCGAAUUCCUCGGUCCUUGAGGGACGUUUUACUUAGGUCAGGGCCCUGUUUUAGGCGGCGAGAAAAAAAAAAUGUGCGGGUUUCCGAAGAAUCUCGUGUACGUGUUGGUGGAUCUGGUUUGUGUGCUGAUAGUUGCCCUGCCCAUCAUGAUCCUGAAGUUCGCGGGCCAGCCGUCCCAGCGAGGGUUUUUCUGUGACGACCAGACCAUCAGCUACCCUUUCUACGAGAGCACCGUCCCAACAUGGAUGCUGGUUAUUUUCGGUGGGGGCAUCCCCCUGCUUUGUAUGUUGGUAGGAGAAGCCGUUUAUAUCCACAGAACGACCAAGACAGAAGGAGAAGAGAAGAAGAAGUUUCCUUUCCUUCCGUACUUCAUCCGCGUGUACAAGACGGUCGGGAUCUUCUUAUUCGGCACUCUGUCCACGCAAUGUCUUACUGACCUCUUUAAGUACACGAUUGGUCGGUUGCGUCCCAACUUCCUGUCUGUGUGUGCUCCUGAUUACAGCAGGUUUAACUGCACAGACGCCAUGGGACGCUACGUUUAUGUCACCGACUAUGUCUGUACAGGGGACCCUGAUCAAAUUAGAGAAUCCAGGUUGUCCUUCAUAUCUGGCCACGCCUCUCUGUCAUUUUUCUUCAUGGUUUACCUGGUGUUGUACCUGCAGGUCCGUAUCACGUGGCGCCAGUCGUGGCUGCUGAAGCCGUUUCUCCAGGUGGUUGCGGUGAUCCUGGCCCAGCUCACUAUGCUGUCCCGCGUCAACGACAACAAACACCACUGGAGCGACGUUCUGGCUGGAACUGCACUGGGAACCUUCGUGGCCCUACUCGUGGGUCUGUCAGUCUCCGACCUCUUUCCGAAGAUGCGGCAGAAUCCUGACCAAUCAGUGGUCCCCGAGCGGGUCACGCCCAGACCAGAGGAUGAGGAGGAGGGGGCACUGGAGGUCGUUGCCACGGGCGACGGUGAAAACGGGAAGAGAAACAGCCAGGGCAUGACCACCAUCAUGUGAACUGUUGUUUUAAAGUUUUAAUUUCUGAUCCAGAAAAAAAAAUACAUCAUAAAACAAGAAAAAUGACAUACUGGCUUUUACUGCACAAAUUUUUGACUGAAUCUUCUUGAUCAGUCUUCCUCUUUGGGUCAUGCAAUUGGAUCAAAAGUUAAAACUUUCAUAUUAGAUGGAUGUUAAUGUUAAGUUUUGUUCGUGUUACUGUGUUUCUUGUUUGUUGAAUGUUUGUCGCUGUGUGUUUGUUCACAGCUUUUAUUGAAGGUAAACAUGUAAAGCUUCAUCACUUUUAGUUGCACUUUAAAAUGUACUACAUGUACUUCUGGAAAGACAGUCAAACCUGUACUACGUAUAUAUACUAUUGACCACUUCUGCAUAAAGACCACCUGGUCAUUAUGGCCACUUUUUGGUGGUCCCUCAUUGACCCAAGCUGGCUAAUAGUGACCAUUUGUUCACAUCCCUUGAGUGUUCACUAUAGCCAGGUUUGACUGUAGCUGUAUUCAAAUAUGCACAAAUGUGUAGUUCACUGUGAGUUAUACAUGUACUUAAAUAACUUAAUAAUUAUGUAAAUCUUUCUUGGAAACAGGGAAGUUCAGUUUGCUUCCAGGAAAAUCAUGGAAAGAGUCUGGAAUUGUAGGUUGAAUUCCAAGAAAAUGAAAGUUUUGAAAAGUGAAAGUUUGGUUCUACAAACCAGAGACUCAAAGAAAUGGCCAGUACUUAAAGCACUACUUGUACUUAUUGCAAUUUUGAUCAGCAAAGACAAGUCAAAAACACAAACAUGUAAAUACGAGCAAAGGGGAAUUUUACAAAAGAAAACAUAGAAUGUAUUUGCCAUGAAGACAGGCAUCCGUGUUUUAAAAAUGUACAUUUUUUUCAGUUCCAUCCAUCGCAAAAGCCAUGACAAAAACAUAGACUCUUUAUUUUAAUAUGAAAAUGACACAAGCCAACUAGCUUAGCAACAAGCACCAAGUUAGAGCUCUGACACUUCUCAAAUUGAAUGAAUUUAUUUUACACUUUAUUUUAUUUUACUUAUAUUUUUUUAAUGUUUUGCUUAUGUUGUGAAGGUUUUCUUUUGUGUAGUACAUUUUGAUGGUUUACGCACAUCUUGAUGCUGAUCAUGUUUGACAAAGAAAUUCUCACCAGUAUUAAGCUAUGAUUUUAUUCAGUUAAGAAUUUUUAAUUGAGUUUAACAUGUAUACAGUAACUGUUUAUUACAUUAACUUAGAACUUAGUCCUUGCCACAAUUUGAUUUUAAAAGUCAGUCAACUUUCAAGGGGAAUAUUUCUCCAGAUCUUUCAUUUUAUCAUUUCUGUCACUGUUUUUAACCCUCAGUUUAUCAUGAAGUUUAUUGUAAAGAUGAUACUUGAUUUGUUUUUAACUAGAAUGUCUCUGACGUUUUUGAUGAGCAGUGUCAGGUAUUGUGGAAAGUUUGGGACAUAUGAUUCCUUCAGUAUCAAAUAUAUACAUGGAACACUGGUUACCAUACCAAUAAGACUUUGGAAAAUCUCAUUUACUUUUGAGCUGAAUAAAUGAAUGAAUGAAUGGUUAAAAGUCCUGGUAAUGUUUUAAAAGUCAAUAAAUGGUCAUGGCUCCCCCUUU